AUGAAACUUACCAAAGAUCUGCUGGCCUUGAUGGGUGUUGGCAUCACCGCAGCAAUAGUCAAUGCGGCUCAAUUGCAAUGCACGACUGAUACAUUCACUAAAAUCCUCUCCUCUGACUCCUCUAGAAGUGAAUCGGCCGUAGUACAAUGGGCACACAGGGUCCUUAAAGGAGGAACAUUCCAGGUUCCAGAGAGUGAUAUUGCGUAUCCGGAGUCACCAACAGAUCUCCCAGAGAUAUGUGUCCUUCAGGUCCAUGUGACGUCGAGCCCUGAAUCAUCAUAUACAUUCGGGUUAUUUUUGCCAGUAGAGUGGAACGAGAGGUUCCUGGCCGUCGGUAAUGGAGGCUUCGCCAGCGGUAUAUAUUGGGCGGAUAUGGGGGUCGGAGCCCGAUACGGAUUUGCGUCAAUGUCAACCGACACUGAUCACAAUAGCAUCAGCACGGAUGGGAGCUGGGCAUACAAUUCGCCGGAGAAAGUCGCGGAUUGGGGCUACCGUGCAAUGCAUGGGUCUGUUGUGCUUGCUAAAGAACUAACCGAAGCAUACUACGGAAAACGGGCAGGAUAUAACUACUAUAGCGGUUGCUCCACGGGUGGUCGUCAAGGAUUGAAAGAGGUAGAGAUGUAUGCAGAGGACUUCGACGGGGUUAUUGCUGGAGCACCAGCUUGGUGGACAGCGCAUUUGCAACCUUGGACUGUUCAGGUUGGCACAUAUAAUCGUCCAGCAGCGAAUGGCAAUCAAAUACCUGAAAGUCUAUUUUCUUGGAUUGGGGCUCGAAUUAUUGAGCAGUGUGAUCCACAAGAUGCACUCAAAGAUAAUGUGAUAUCGAGCCCGCAUCAGUGCGAGCUUAAUUUAGAGGCAUUCCUCUGUCAAGGCUCGAACAGUUCCCGCCUAACGAAUUGUCUAAGUGCUGCCCAGCUUGAGACUCUGUACAACAUAUACAGCGACUAUGGGGACACUAAUCAAACGUUUAUCUUUCCACAUUUACUACCAGGUAGCGAAUCCCAAUGGCCAGUCUUGAUCAACAACGGUAGCAAUAACCGAUUGGGAUACGAGUAUGUACAAUAUUACCUAGGUUUGGGUCCUCGGUGGACGCCAGACCAGUUCGAUUACAGAAUUGUACAGUUGGCGGACAAAUUGGAUCCAGGAAAUGCAACAGUCAGAAACUUUGACAUAUCUCCUUUCCAGAAGAGCGGUGGUAAACUUUUGAUGUACCAUGGCAUGGCAGAUGGCUUUAUUCCAACCGAUAGCAGUCGGUACUUUUACAAUCAGGUGGCAAAAACAUUAGCCCCAAGUGGUAUUGAUCUAGACAGCUUCUAUCGCUUCUUCUACAUACCUGGCAUGCAACACUGCGCUGGAACCCCAGACUCUAUGCACGCUCCAUGGUACAUUGCCGGACCUAACCAGGCUUCCUCGCUGUCAUCUGAUCUACAUAGUGUCGAACAGUACACUAACCCAAUGGGAAAUUAG